UAAAAUACGGCUACUUCCGCUGGCUGAAACGAAAUGGCUGCCUUCCACUGCAGAGCAGAUUUUGCGCGCUUCGUAGCAUUUUAUUAAUAUGCUGUCGUGUGUUUACAGAUAUAGCCUAAUUUGUUACGGAUAAAAAAUAAAAGAGCAGAUAUGUUUAAAAAGCAAAAGAUCAAAUUUAAGACGGAGGAAUGAGUCAGACGAGGACGAGAAGGAGGAAAGUCAACCAGCCCAGCAGCAGCAGCCACCGCCGCCAUGCGGGCCUUUCACCGAGGAUAUCCCGAUGCUCGAUGCCCCCAGCACGGACACCUUCUCCGGGGUUACCUUGGACGUACACCACGGCAACGGGUUUCAAUCAAAGGCCAUAAAGAAGGAAAAGAAAACUCGGGAUGUAGUGGGAGUACCGAAAGCCAGUUUGUUAAGCUUUGACGACGAUGAAGAUGAGGCGGAGGUGUUCAGAGUAAAGAAAUCCAACCACAGCAAGAAGAUCGUCAAGCAGCUGAAGAAAGAAUACAAGGAAGAUCUGGAGAAGGUUUGCUAUGUUAAACAAGAGCCCAACACCGGUAAGACAUCGUGUGUGUGUGUGUGUGUGUGUGUGUGCGUGCGCGCGUUAGGGAUAUAACAUUCACCUAUACAC